UCCACAACACCAGCUAUGGCGUCGUUCUGGGCCAGAGUGUGGAUAGUUGCGGCUGUGACGGUGACGUUAGCUACCUGUCUGGAGGGGAAAUUCACCCACAGUGCUUACUUGGACCCCGCUCGUGAGAAGUAUUUCUUACAGUGGCGGUUGGAUGCAGACACCAUCACGUUCCGUGCCUCGGUGGCCACCCUGGGGUAUGUGGGGUUCGGCAUUUCACCUAACGGAGACAUGAUUGGAUCCGACAUCGUCACCGGGUUCGUAACAGACCACGGAGACACUUUCUGCUAUGACAGAUAUGCUAGUGCAAGAACAACGCCGACUAUUGACGCCAGUCAGGACUGGAGGUUAGAAGCAUCAGGAGAGAACGGAACACACACAUUCCUACAGUUCUCCAGGAACCUCGUUCUUUGUGACAGCACUGACAGGACUAUUAAGGCUGGUACCACCCGUGUUAUCUGGGCGUACCAUAACCAGGACCCUCAGCACGACACGGCGCUGAUGUACCACGGAGAGACCCGGGGAGCCCGCAGCCUCAUGCUGCUGGACGUCCCGCAGAACAGGGAGAUGCCAGACGAUGUGCAAACCAUUGACUUACUCAACACGUAUAGCGUAAUGAAGAAACAGACGGUCUACUGGUACCGCGGAUUCAAGGUUCCAGACUUCGGAGGAAAAAGACACAUCAUAGCGUUUGAACCAGUUCUACAGCCAGGUCACGAAGGUAUGAUCCAUCACAUGGACCUGUACACCUGUCUGAAGGACGUGGAUCCAGACAUGUAUGAUGGUGUCCAGCACGCGCGUCACAGCCGCGACUUCCCGGAAGACUGGCAUUCCUGUAAGAUCAGACUGGUAGCCUGGGAAGUAGGUGGAGAGGGCAUUUACUACCCAGAAAAGGCCGGUCUGUCCGUAGGCGGUCCUGACGAUCCAACAUUCUUUCUUAUGGAGACACACUACAACAACCCGCAGCAUAAGACUGGAAUAGUGGACAGGUCUGGUCUCCGGGUCCUGUACACCUCAGAGCUGCGGCAGCACGACCUGGGCUACAUGCAGCUCGGCAUGGAGGUGGCACGGACACUCAUCAUCCCGCCUGGGAGUCAGGCCUUUGUUACAGCCGGAACUUGUUAUCCUGACUGUCUGGAGAAGGCCAUGGAGGAAGAGUCCAUAGAGAAGAUCCACGUGAUUGGCGUCCAUUUCCACACUCACCUGGCGGGAAGGAAGAUGAAGAUGCGCCACGUGCGGAACGGAGUGGAACUGCCGUGGAUAAGGAACGAUGGAAACUUCGACUUCAACUUUCAACAGACUGUCAGUCUACAGAAGGAAGUAGAAGUUUUAAAGGGCGACUACCUAAUAGUAGAGUGUACGUACAAUACCACUGACAGGAGAAAGGUUACAUAUGGAGGCCUGAGUACGGAAGAAGAGAUGUGUUUUGGUCACAUACUUCACUACCCGAACAUGAAGCUAAGACGGUGCAAGAGUAACCCACACAAGGCGUCUUACCUGACGGCGCUCGGGGCCACAGAAGUUACCUUCAGCGCUGCCGAAAACGACUAUGUACCCAUCCAACCUCGUCAUAUGGCAGGCAAGACCAUACAAAAACUACUGCACUCUAUCGACUGGGAUGAAAAUACCAGGCAGACGUUCCAGACACAACAGAGAACCGGAAACACGUCUGUUACCUGUAUGAAGAAAGACACUAGCGUUGAGGCAUAUCAUCAGGGAGACAUCGAAGUCUGUAGAAAACCGCCGUUCGCAACGUGA